AAGCGUGGGCUGGAAGCGGCGUCGCGGAGCUGCAGAGCGUCGCGCCCCGGCCCAAAAAAACACAAGCCCCGCCCUCCAGGAAGCUCCGCCCCUGAGCCGGCGGUUGCUAGGCGGCAGGAAAGCGCCAGCUCAGUGUGGGCGGCACGCGGGGGCGCGAGGAGCGAGGCGCCGGGCGCGGCACAGCACUGGGAAUCGGCCUUCGCCGCCGCUAUUGGGCGCCCAGAGGCGUGGGCUGGGAAUCCUGUGCGCCGAGGCCGCCGGGCGAGGGCGCUCGGAGGGCCUCGGGCGGCUGCGAAAGCCUCGCAGCCGGAAGCCGCUGACCUCGGGGCCUGGAUUCACCUCGCAAAAGAGUACUCCAUUGUAAGGAAAAUGAGUCGUUCCUCAAAGGCAUUGGUUACUGGUGUUUCAAAAUCAGAUAAUCCACCUUCAGGAAAAGGCCGCAAAGUACAUUCGUCAAAUAUUUUAAAGACAAAGACAAUACAAGAAGUUAAUAAAGAUAUUUCAGCUCAAACGAUACAGAGAGCUUGGUUAGCUCAUAUGGACAAAACAAUAUUUCAGCUCCUAAAGCACACAAUUUGUGCAGCGGAGCAUUUUGUGUCGCAUGAAAUACUGAAGAAAGUGAGCCCCUUAGAGGCUGAGCUUGUUAAAGAUCCUAGCAUGAAGUGUAAAGUUAGAUUCAGAUUUAGUGGUGAAACAUUUCCACCUUUCAUCGUGUUUAAAAUUUUUCUUCAUACCGAAGGCCAUGGUUACAAGUAUUUCAGUGGAAAAAAUUUAUUAAAGCCGUCAAGUGAGGCAGUGGUUGAUGCUUGUGAAAUAAUGGGUAAAAAGAAAUUUUACCAUCAAAUUAUGGAAGAUGAAUAUCUUUUCCAGAAGUUCAAAAUAAGUGAUAAAAUAGAUAUUGUCACCCUGAAAGAUUACAUGCAAUAUUCCAGUCUUCUGGAUGAGACCCCUGCGUCUUCUGGUGGCAGAAAUAACUACUGGCGAAGAUUAAACCUCAAAAACAUUCCCAAGACAAUGAUAAUAUAUGACAUAGUUGAUUAUGCAGAAUCUGGAAUAAUCUCAAACCGUCUACGAAAAGAAAUGAAGCAUCUGUUACAGAGACCACAGACAGAAGAGAUGCGUCAGCGCCAGCUCCGGAUUGUUUCUGAAAUUAGGUGCCCUUCAUCCUUCUCAAAUAUUCAACCUUUAUAUCGGCCCUACCAACAGCAAAGUCAAAUUAAACAUCUGGGUCGUCGAUCGAAGCAAGCUCAAAUGAAAGUUGAGAAAAUGAAAAAAGCUUUUAAGAUGGCUAAAGAAAAAAAUGCUUCUGUGGGGACUGAACCGCAAAUGGACACACCAGGUACAAAGCAACAAAAGACGAUGGUUUUCUCCACUCCAUCUUUUGACAUUGUGAAAGUCAAUGAACUCAUGUCGGAUGACAAAUUGGAAAAAGAAGAAAAGGAAUUAUUUGCUUGGUGUCAAGACUUGUGUAUUAAUAAUUCUCUAUCAUGUUAAUGCACAGCUAAUUGACAGAAAACCAAGUUAUUCAACAAUCUGCUUGUCUGUCUAUAAAUGAUGAGUAUGAGUAUUAAAGGAAAACAAAAUAUAAACAAGCCCUCAGUAUGCUCUCUUAACUAAAUGCAUGACAGAUUUUUAAGCUCUUUUUGUAUUACCAUAGCUACCAAUAUUUUUUACUGACAGAAUUUUAAUCUGAAUAAAUUAUUUCGACUAGAUGCCCUCAAACUAACCAUAUACAGUUUUGUUCAAGAAAUGAUGAGUAAAUGAGUCCCUGGAACUUUUAUUCAAUUGUGAUUUUCUUUCAUUUUAAAAAUAUAUGUCAGGGCCAGCCCCGUGGCGUAGCGGUUAAGUGUGUGAGCUCUGCUGCUGGCGGCCCGGGUUCGGAUCCCGGGCGCGCACUGAUGCACUGUUUGUCAGGCCAUGCUGUGGCGGCGUUCCAUAUAAAGUGGAGGAAGAUGGGCACAGAUGUUAGCCCAGGGCCACUCUUCCUCAGCAAAAAGAGGAGGAUUGGCAUGGAUGUUAGCUCAGGGCUGAUCUUCCUCACAAAAUAAAAUAAAAUAAAAUGAAUUAAAAAAAAACAUAUCUGAACAGGCCAUGCUUAGCAUAAAUAUUAGAAUUCACAGAAUAAAAAGCUGCUCUUGAGUCAGCUUCCAGUGUCUUUCUUUUUUAGUAGCAUGUUGUUUGUACAGAACAGCUUGUGAUUGACCUAUUCUGAAUUAUAAUAAAAAUAAUAAUGAAUUUGUUGCUGCAGGAGGCAUGACAUAUCAUACCUAAUCAUUGUGGAGCAUUGUAAGCACCUGGGCAGAAUGUUGCAUCUGCUUUAAUAUUGCACUUGGGAUAUUUUUCAAGUAUAAAGACGAUUUUGAGUAAUAUUUAUCAAUUUCCUUUUGAAUUGAUGAAUUCCCAUUCCUGAUAUGGUACAAAUUAUUGAUAUUUUUUGUGAUCCAGGCUAUUGGAGUGUAUCAAACCUUACCAGAGACUGUGAUAAUUAAACAAAGUGCAUUAUUUAUUGAACUUUAAAAAUAUAGUUCUUGAUUUUGUUUAACAUUUAAAAUGUGGAGGUUGAUUGCUGAUUUAACUCAAGCAAAGCAGCCCAUAAAUGGAUCUCAUCCUCUGCUAAAACACUCUCUUAAAUGAUAAAGAAUAUUGGAGUAAAUGUGUAUGAUUCCCACUAGAAUAUAUUUAACAUAAAUGUGUACUCUUCAAUAUCCUCAUUUGCUAUCCAAAAAUAGGAUGGAUAAUCCCCUUGUUUUCAGAGCUUGUUCUGGACACUGGUUGAAUAGAAAAUACGUAUUUGUCCUCAUGAAUCAUGCAUAUUCUCAUCCAUUAAAUUGGAAAGCAGUCCUUCAUCCAAUCAAAUGCAUAUCAGAUUCAGUCCAUCCAUAGUAUGUGCAAUAAUAAAGCUAAGGAAGAUUUCAGGUAACAAGAUGAAGGAAAAGGACAAAGGUAGGACAGACUCUUUACGUUUAAGGGCACCCACCCACGUCUCAUAUUUCAUUAGCUAUGACUUUGUCCCAUCGUAAUGUCUAGCUACAAGGGAGGCUGGGAACUGUGCUCUUGUUUUGGGCAGUUUUGUACCCAAGUAAAAUUCUAUUGUUAUAAGAGAAAGAGAUAAUGGAUAUUAAGGCAUAACUAGCAUCAGCUGCCAGACAGAGAUCAUUCUUCCAUUGGUUCUUUUAACUUACAUUAAAUAAUGUAACCACAUCACAGAAAAUCCUUUUAAAAGUAGAAUUACACAUAAUCUCACCAGUAUAAUAUAACAACUCUUCAUUUUCUUAUAUCUUUCUAACCUAUCUAAAUAUACACGUAUUUACACGUGGUUGUAAUUAUAAGUGACAUAUAGAUUUAAAAAUUUCACUUAAUUAUAUCUUAAACACAGUCCAUUUAAAGAAAAUAAUUUUAAUGGCCACAUGAUAGCCCAUUAUGAGGCAUAAUUUACUUAACCAUUCCCAUAUCGUUGGAUAUUUCAGUCAUUCUAAUUUUUCACUAUUGUAGGUAAUUAACACUAGAGUGAACAUCUUCAUGCAUGGUCUUCUUUCUUUUGGUUUUCUUUCUGUUAUUUAUUUUUAACCUAAUUGCACUGUAAUCAGAGAACAUGAUUUGUAUGAUAACUGAUUCUGAGAAACUUGUUGGGACUGGCUUUAUAUAGCCAAAUGUAUGCUCAGUUUUCAUAAAUGUUUCUUGUACUCUUAAGAAAAAGAUGCAUUCUCUAUAGUUGGAUACAAGAUUCUAUACGUGUCCUUUUGAUCAAGCUUGUUAAUUGUAUUAUUUGUAUUUUCUAUAUGCUACUAAUUUUUGAUCUGUAUGACGUCAAUUACUGAGAAAGCUAUAUGUUAUAUCCUACUAUGGUGGUGGACUUCUCAGUUUCUCCUCAUAAUUCUGUCAAUUUUUGCUGUAUGUUGUUUGAAGAUAUCAUU